AUGACAGUCCUAGGGCAGCCGGGGAGUUGGAGCUGCCAGUGGUUGCCAGUCCUGAUACUGCUGCUGGGCUCAGGUUAUGAGCCAGGGGUGGAAGGUGUGACACACUACAAGGCCGGUGACCCCGUCAUUCUCUACGUCAACAAAGUGGGACCCUACCACAACCCUCAGGAGACUUACCACUACUAUCAGCUUCCGGUCUGCUGCCCUGAGAAGAUCCGUCACAAAAGCCUUAGCCUGGGUGAAGUGCUGGAUGGGGACCGAAUGGCCGAGUCUUUGUACGAGAUACGCUUUCGGGAGAAUGUGGAGAAGAGAAUUCUGUGCCACAUGCAGCUCAAUUCUGCACAGGUGGAACAACUUCGCCAGGCCAUUGAGGAACUGUACUACUUUGAAUUUGUAGUGGACGACUUGCCAAUCCGUGGCUUUGUGGGCUACAUGGAGGAGAGUGGCUUCCUGCCUCACAGCCACAAAAUAGGGCUCUGGACCCAUUUGGACUUCCACCUAGAAUUCCAUGGAGAUCGAAUUAUAUUUGCCAAUGUCUCAGUGCGGGACGUCAAGCCCCACAGCUUAGAUGGGUUACGACCUGAUGAGUUCCUAGGCCUCACCCACACCUACAGUGUGCGCUGGUCUGAGACUUCAGUGGAACGUCGGAGUGACAGGCGCCGUGGUGAUGAUGGUGGUUUCUUUCCCAGAACACUGGAAAUCCACUGGUUGUCCAUCAUCAAUUCCAUGGUGCUUGUGUUUUUACUGGUGGGUUUUGUGGCUGUCAUUCUCAUGCGUGUGCUUCGAAAUGACCUGGCUCGAUACAACUUGGAUGAGGAGACGACGUCUGCAGGUUCUGGUGAUGACUUUGACCAAGGUGACAAUGGCUGGAAAAUUAUCCAUACAGAUGUCUUCCGCUUCCCUCCAUACCGUGGUCUGCUCUGUGCUGUGCUUGGUGUGGGUGCCCAGUUCCUGGCCCUUGGCACUGGCAUUAUUGUCAUGGCGCUGCUGGGCAUGUUCAAUGUGCACCGUCAUGGGGCCAUUAACUCAGCAGCCAUCUUGUUGUAUGCCCUGACCUGCUGCAUCUCUGGCUACGUGUCCAGCCACUUCUACCGGCAGAUUGGAGGCGAGCGUUGGGUGUGGAACAUCAUUCUUACCACCAGCCUCUUCUCUGUGCCUUUCUUCCUGACGUGGAGUGUGGUGAACUCGGUGCAUUGGGCUAAUGGUUCGACACAGGCUCUGCCAGCCACCACCAUACUGCUGCUGCUGACAGUUUGGCUGCUGGUGGGCUUUCCCCUCACGGUCAUCGGAGGCAUCUUCGGGAAGAACAAUGCUAGCCCCUUUGACGCACCUUGUCGCACCAAGAACAUCGCCCGGGAAAUCCCACCCCAGCCCUGGUACAAGUCUACACUCAUCCACAUGACUGUUGGAGGCUUCCUGCCUUUCAGUGCCAUCUCUGUGGAGCUCUACUACAUCUUUGCCACAGUCUGGGGUCGGGAACAGUACACUCUGUAUGGCAUCCUCUUCUUUGUCUUCGCCAUCCUGCUGAGCGUGGGGGCAUGCAUCUCCAUUGCGCUCACCUACUUCCAGUUGUCUGGGGAGGAUUACCGCUGGUGGUGGCGAUCUGUGCUGAGUGUUGGUUCCACUGGGCUCUUCAUCUUCCUCUACUCCGUUUUCUACUAUGCCCGGCGCUCCAACAUGUCAGGGGCGGUACAGACAGUAGAGUUUUUUGGCUACUCCUUACUCACUGGUUAUGUCUUCUUCCUCAUGCUAGGUACCAUCUCCUUUUUUUCUUCCCUAAAGUUCAUCCGUUAUAUCUAUGUUAACCUCAAGAUGGACUGAGUUUUGGAUGACAAAAUUAUUGCUCUUCUCUCCCAUUCUUCACGUCCAGAGGCCCACUGAUCUUUCUUACCAACGUCUCUUCUAAUUGACUUAAUUGUGUGAUGGCAUUGUUGCCUUCCCCUUUGCCCUUUGGGCCUCCUUUCCCCCGGAGAGCCUGAAAAUUACAAAUCUCUAUUAUAUAAGGAGUAUAUAUUUGAACUUUUUAAGUUGCCUUUAGUUUUCGUCCUGAUUUUUCUUUUUACAAUUAUCAAAAUAAAAUUUAUUAAGAAAAAGGA